CCUCUCAUGUUCGCUUCAAAUAGCAACUCUUCCUACCCUGUGUUCUUCAUCUUACUUGGAAUCCCAGGACUGGAAAAUUACCAAUUAUGGAUUGGCUUUCCGUUCUGUGUCAUGUAUGUUGUGGCAGUUGUUGGGAAUAUCACUAUCCUGCAUAUAAUCAGAACUGACCACACCCUACAUGAGCCCAUGUACCUCUUCUUGGCCAUGCUGGCUACCACUGACCUGAUCCUGUCCUCCUCCACACAGCCCAAGAUGCUGGCCAUACUCUGGUUUCAUGCCCAUGAGAUUGAGUAUCAUGCCUGCCUCAUCCAGGUGUUCUUCAUCCAUGCCUUUUCUUCUGUGGAGUCUGGGGUGCUCAUGGCUAUGGCCGUGGACCGCUACGUGGCUAUCUGCUUCCCCCUGCGACACUCCAGUAUCCUGACCACAUCUGUAGUAAUCAAACUGGGGACAGCCGUGAUGGUGGGAGGGCUGCUGUGGGUGAGCCCCUUCUGCUUCAUGAUCCCCAGGAUGCCCUUCUGCCCCAACAAGGUCAUUCCACAGUCGUACUGUGAGCACAUGGCUGUGCUCAAGUUGGUGUGUGCAGAUACCAGAGUCAAUCGUGGCUAUGGGCUCUUUGUGGCCUUCUCUGUGGUUGGCUUUGAUAUAAUUGUCAUCAGUGGAUCCUAUGUGAUGAUUUUGAGAGCUGUGCUGAGGUUGCCCUCAGGUGAAGCCCGCCUCAAAGCUUUUGGUACCUGUGCUUCCCAUGUCUGCGUCAUCUUGGCUUUCUAUAUCCCAGCCCUGUUCACUUUCCUCACUCACCGCUUUGGCCAUCACGUGCCCCGAGUUGUGCAUGUCAUGUUUGCUAAUGUAUAUCUGUUGGUUCCUCCCAUGCUCAACCCCAUCAUCUAUGGAGUUAGAACCAAACAGAUCAGGGACAGGGUUAUCCAAGGAUUCUGUGGGGAAAAAAAAACAAAAAACAAAAAAACUUUGAAGCAAUGA